AUGGUGUCAGCAACAAUGUCUUCCACGACCAGAAACCGAAUUUUGGUGAUCGGAGGAACUGGUUUCAUGGGUCAGUUUAUAACUAAGGCAAGUCUUGCUUUUGGAUACCCUACCUAUUUGCUGCUCAAGCCAGGACCUGUCACCCCUUCAAAGGCUUCCAUUGUCAAAACCUUCCAAGACAAAGGUGCUAAGGUCAUUCAUGGUGCGAUAAAUGAUAAAGAAUUCAUGGUGAAGAUUUUCAAAGAGCAUGAGAUAGACGUUGUCAUUUCUCUUGUAGGGGGCGAAAAUGUGUUGGAUCAGCUUCUGUUAUUGGAAUCCAUGAAAUCUGUCAACACUAUCAAGAGGUUUUUGCCUUCAGAGUUUGGGCACGAUGUGGACAAGACAAAUCCAGUGGAGCCAGGUCUAAGAAUGUACAAAGAGAAGCGUUUGAUUAGGCGUCUGAUUCAAGAAUAUGGCAUUCCUUACACUAACAUAUGCUGCAAUUCCAUUGCUUCUUGGCCUUAUUAUGACAACUGUCAUCCAACCAAGGUUCCCCCACCCUUAGAUCAGUUUCAAAUCUAUGGUGAUGGCAACGUCAAAGCGUACUUUGUUGAUGGCAAUGAUAUUGGAAGGUUCACAAUGAAGGCAAUUGAUGAUAUCAGAACACUCAACAAAAGUGUCCAUUUUCGACCCUCAAACAAUUGUUAUUCCAUCAACGAGCUUGCUUCUUUAUGGGAAAAGAAAAUUGGUCGAACAAUCCCCAGAGUCACCGUAACAGGGGAUGAUCUUCUAGCUAUAGCUGCAGAAAAUUGUAUACCUCGAAGUGUUGUAGCAUCUUUCACCCAUGAUAUUUUCAUCAAUGGUUGCCAAGUUAAUUUCAGCACUGAUGGACCUAAUGAUGUUGAGAUUAACAAACUCUAUCCUGAUGAAAAUUUUCGAUGCUUAGAAGAUUGCUACGAGGACUUUGUUCCAAUGACUCAUGACAAGGUUCAAGGAGGAACAAGUGAAAUUAGCAACAGAAAGUCUUUGGUAGAGGCAGUGCCAAUCACAGCCAUGGGCUAG